UUCAAUUCCUAUACUAAAAAGCAAAAAUCAAACAUGUCACAGUAAUCUCUUUUGGAAAAGCCAAUGAUGAGGGAAAUGAGCAAAAGUAAAAUUUGAGAAUUGACAUCCGGUGCAGAGCAGGAACUUUUACCAUGACGUUUCAUGAGUUGGGAAUCUAACUUUGCAUAAUCCCAAUUCCAUAAGCAGACGAAACAAUGAAGGCAUGCACUCUAAUUUGAGUCCCUCUUCCCCGUUCCACUACUACAAGGUCCGGGCAAAGUCCGAGAAGCAGCAGCAGGAGAUUGCAGUUGUUCAAGCACAGCAAUAGCUAUGGUGAAAGCCAUCAGGGUUCACGAACUUGGCGGCCCAGAGGUCCUGAAAUGGGAAGAUGUCGAAGUAGGGGAGCCAAAGGAAGGAGAGAUCAGAGUGAAAAAUAAGGCUAUUGGACUUAACUUCGUUGAUAUUUAUUUCAGAAAAGGGAUUUAUGAUGCCCCCUCAUUUCCCUUUAUUCCUGGAGUGGAAGCUGUUGGUGUGGUGACAGCUGUGGGGCCUGGGACGGCUGGUAGAGAAGUUGGUGACCUUGUUGCUCAUGCUGGUCGUACAAUGGGUGCAUAUGCAGAAGAACAAAUAGUUCCUGUUGACAAAGCUGUAGUGCUUCCUCCUCUUAUUGAUCCCAUAGUUGCAGCAUCUUGCAUGGCUAAAGGAAUGACAUCCCAAUUCUUGCUGCAUCGCUGUUUCAAAGUUGAACCUGGACACAAUGUUCUUAUUCACGCAGCAGCUGGUGGAGUUGGGUCUCUGUUGUGCCAGUGGGCAAAUGCUCUUGGUGCAACUGUUAUUGGAACUGUUUCAACUCAACAGAAGGCUGCUCAAGCAAAGGAGGAUGGAUGCCACCAUGUUAUAAUCUACAAGGAGGAGGAUUUUGUCAGUCGUGUACAUGAGAUAACAUCAGGCAAAGGAGUUGAAGUUGUCUAUGAUUCUGUUGGGAAGGACACCUUUGAGGGAUCACUAGCAUGCUUGAAGGCUCGAGGGUACAUGAUCAGUUUUGGGCAGUCGUCGGGGAUACCAGAUCCAGUUCCUUUGUCUGCUCUAGCAGCAAAGUCUCUAUUCUUGGCAAGGCCGUUGCUGAGGCACUACAAUUUGACUCGUGAAGAGCUGCUGGAAACUGCUGGAGAAGUAUUUGCGAAAGUGGCAUCAGGUGAACUUAGGGUCCGUGUAAAUCAUACUUAUCCUUUAUCCCAGGCUGCUGAAGCUCACUAUGAUCUCGAGAACCGUAAAACAUCUGGCUCUGUUGUUCUUAUACGCCAGCCACGGAUUUAAGGGGGGGCUGGUGGGGGCUUAAGCCCCCCCCCCCAAGCCGCCGGAAAACCCCCUAUAUAUUGUUUGUCUGCUGCAACUUGGAUGGAGGUAAUAUGUUCAAAAUCUAUAGAUCCAAUCGAAAAAUGUGCCCUCGGGGCUUGGAGCAGUAAGCUAGCUAGCUGUAUUGCUCAAGUACUUCAUUAAUGUAAUCUUGGAAACAUAUGAUUAGAAAAUUAUACAAGUUGCAGUCCAAGAAUCUAGGAAAUUAACUGAGGAUAGCAAGUGAUACAAACCAUUCCUCUCACAGUCUUUACGGCUUACACAUGGUGGACCAUUUAUGUGCGGAAGUCAUGCUCUUAUUGCAGUCU